AUGUCUAUUAUAUCGAAAACCUAUCGUUUAGUCCUUGUCCGUCAUGGAGAAUCAGUAUGAAACCUUGAAAAUCGAUUCACAGGCUGGACUGAUGUGCCUCUUACCCCAAAAGGAGUCGAAGAAGCUAAACAAGGUGGAAAAAUUUUAAAAGAAAACAACUUCAAAUUUGACCUUGUUCACACUUCUCUAUUAAAGAGAGCAAUCCAAACCAUGAACUUUAUUUUGAAUGAAAUAGACCAAGAGUAUAUCCCAAUUAAUAAAACCUGGAGACUGAAUGAAAGACAUUAUGGAGGACUUCAAGGAUUAAACAAAGCAGAAACAGCUGCUAAGCAUGGUGAAGAAAAAGUCUUGAUUUGGAGACGCUCGUAUGAUAUCCCACCUCCAGAACUCCAAGUCGAUGAUGAAAGAUUCCCUGGAAAUGACCCCAGAUAUGCAUUUCUGCCAAAAGAUGUUUUACCGAAGACUGAAUCACUUAAAGAGUGCAUCGCAAGAGUGCUCCCUUAUUGGUAUGAUCAUAUUGGACCUGAUAUCAUUAAUGAUAAGCAAGUACUUGUAGUAGCUCAUGGGAACUCUUUGAGAAGCUUAGUAAAGCAUCUUGACCAGAUUAGUGAUACUGAAAUAGUAAAACUGAAUAUUCCAACAGGUGUUCCACUUGUGUAUGAGCUGAAUGAGAACUUGAAGCCAAUGAGACAUUAUUAUCUUGCAGAUGAAAAUGAACUGAAGAAAAAAAUUGAAGCUGUUAGUAAUCAAGGGAAAAAAGCGAAAUAA